AUGCACAGACCAGAACAACCUCUGUUCUAUGUUGGUACAUGUCAAUUAUCAUACAAUAUGCGUCUUGGUCAUUUCGUCAUCAGACAUGAAAUACAAAAGAAAAUAAGUCUUCAAGUACAAACUAUAAAUGAGAUCAAUCCUUCUCAAGUCUAUGAAAUUUUAUUUGCUGAUGAAGCCAAAUCAUACAGUCUUCAAGUGAAAUUUAUUAUAAAUAAUAAUCGAUUAGAAAUUGAAUUUCCGUCAACAUCGACAUCAAACUAUAUUCGAUCAGUAAUCGAAGGUGAAGAAAUUAUUAAACGUGAUAAGAAUACAAUCGAUGAUAGUGAUCAAACAAAUUUAUGGUUUUCAUUAGAAGCAUUACCAUUCGAUCAAGAAAUUGUACGUGGUUGUGGUCUUCAAUAUUCUAGUGGUGAUCUUAGAGGGAAAAUUUUACCAAUGUGGGUAUCAGAAUGGUAUCAUGAUCUAUUAUGUCCAAAUGAUAAUAUAAAUCCAAAUGUUCGUCCUUCGUCACAUACAACUUAUCAUCCGCAACCAAUGUUUCAUUCAUCACGUGAUUAUACAUUUUGUGCCUAUGGAUCCGCCUAUGCUCAAUUUGAUUUUUCUGAUGAAAAAUUCCAUCAUUUUCAUUUUGCUGCUAUUCCUUAUCGGUUGGAAUUGAGUCUAAACGGUCCUUCUUCAAUUUCACGUUUAUAUUUACCAUUACCAGAAUGGAUAUAUGAUGGAAUUAUUUUAAGUGUACAAGGUGGUACCGAUGUGAUUGAUCAAAAACUACGUAGAAUGCAUGAAUGUGGAACACGAAUUGCUGGUAUUUGGGUACAAGAUUGGUGUGGAAAACGAAUAACAUCAUUUGGUAAACGAGUCUUUUGGAAUUGGCAAUGGAAUGAAAGUUGGUAUCCGAAUUUGAAAGAAAAAAUUAUUGAAUGGCAACGUGAUUAUAAUGGUUGUCGAUUUUUAGCUUAUAUUAAUCCAUACAUUGCUGUUGAUGGUUCUUUGUUUAAAGAAGCAAAUGAAAAAGAUUUUCUUGUUAAACGAUUUGAUUGUAAAAAUACAGUUUAUAUGAUAGAUUUUGGUGAAUUUAACGGAGCAAUUAUUGAUCUAACUAAUCCACAAGCAUUUGAAUGGUAUAAGAAAAUUAUACGAACAAAUUUAAUUGAUUUAGGUGUAUCUGGUUGGAUGGCUGAUUUUGGUGAAUAUCUUCCGUGUGAUGUUCGUGUUCAUGCAAAUAUAUCUGGUUCAUUGAUUCAUAAUCUUUGGCCAAUACUUUGGGCACGAUGUAAUUAUGAAGCUAUUCGAGAUGCUGGAAAACUCAAUGAAGUUAUAUUUUUCAUGCGUAGUGGAUAUUUAAAUGUACAACGAUUUUGUUCACUCUUCUGGACUGGUGAUCAAUCAGUUGAUUUUUCUCAUCAUGCUGGUCUUUCUGCUGGAAUUCGUUCAUGUCUUUCAUUAUCAUUAAGUAAUGUUCUUAGUGUUCAUACAGAUAUUGGAGGAUAUUUUAGUCGAACACAUGGACGUACUCGAGAAGUUCUUUUACGUUGGUGUGAAAUGGCAACAUUCAAUAUUGUUAUGCGUACACAUGAAGGUAAUCGACCUACUUCAAAUAUACAAUUUGAUAAUGAUAAAAUAUGUAUUGAAUUUUUUGCUCGAAUGAGUCGAAUUCAUGCUUAUUUAAAACCUUAUUCUCGUUAUGUUGUUCAAAAAGCAUAUGAACAACAACAAUCAUGUAUCAUACCUCAUACAGAAUUACAAUAUUUUUUUGGUCAUGAUCUUCUCAUAGCACCAGUUGUUGAAAGUAAUGUUAAUAAAUGGAAAGUAUCAAUUCCAGAUGGACAAUGGAUACAUAUUUGGACUAAUAAAAUCUUCGAGAAAAAUCAAUAUGAAAUUGAUGCACCAAUCGGUCAGCCACCUGUUUUCUAUCGAUCUACAACUGAAUGGAAAUCACUUUUUCAACAAUUAAAAGAUUUGUAA